UGUCGGGCUCUUGAAGGGGGCAGCUUGUUUCUCCUCGUGCAGAAGUUAAUGUUCUGUGUGGUAAUUGUGUUGGUUUUCUUUCUCCAUUCCGCUUCAUACUGUAAAUAGAUUUCUGCCAAGGAUACUUACUUGAAAACCUACGUUAUCUUUCGACAUCUCUGUCAGGGAUCAUUUAAACGGAGAUGAUGGCUUUUUCUUACCUUUACCCGCUGUGCAUGUGGGUUAGUUUAGUGAGUCCUUCGCUGGGAACCGGGUUUGUUUAUCACUUUCCAGGCAUCACAAUGCAGCGGCAGCGCAUCAAAUCGGAACAGAGCAGAAGCACGGGACCCCCGGGUACCGGCUCCCGUACCCAGCUUAGAAACUGGUGUCAGUACAGUGUUUCCAGGACAGUGACCUGUCAGGUGCAAAAUGGGACAGAAACCUCAGUGCAGAGAGUGAUUCAAGGCUGCAGAUGGCCAGGACCAUGUGCCAAAGUCAUCAGCUACAGGACGGUGAUCAGACCAUCCUUCAAGACUGCCCACAAGCAAAUAACCUCACUGGAGUGGCGAUGCUGUCCUGGGUUUGUGGGAGAAGAAUGUCGCGAAGAGUGUAUGAACUGCACCAGUUUCAACAACAUGAACAGCAGAAUAAACAACAUUGAAUCAAAGAUCAAACUAUUAGAGGAGAGACAGCCAUACCUGCCUGUAGUCCGGGGCUUACCCAAGGGACCAACUGAAAAUGAGGUGGAUGCACCUCAACCAACUCCUAUUGGACCACGAUCGUACUUGCCAUCAGUAUUAGGAGGCAGGGGGCCUCCAGGACCAGCUGGACCCCCAGGGCAUCCAGGUUCUGCUGGGCCUCCAGGCCCUGCUGGAAGAGUAGGCAUUCCAGGACCCGUUGGACCAAAAGGAGACAGAGGUCCACCAGGAGAGAUUGGCCUUCCUGGAACUCCUGGUCCACCAGGUCCUCCAGGACCAGGUCUGUCUCCUGUACGAAUGCGAGGUGACGUUUUUCAAGUGGACCAUCGAGAGGAGUACCCCAUUUAUCCAGUUACUCCUGAGAUUGUGGCUGGCCCUCCUGGUCCAGCAGGUCCAGUCGGUCCCUCGGGUGCCCCAGGACUAAGAGGACCUUCAGGGACACCAGGUCUACCAGGACAGGAUGGCAAAGAAGGCCUCCCAGGCAGGCCUGGCUAUCCUGGGCCAAAAGGAGAUCCAGGGGAAAGGGGGCCCUCAGGUGCUACAGGCGAGCAGGGCCUACCUGGAGCCCCAGGGCCUAAAGGAGAGCCAGGAGUAGGCUUUAAUGAGGGUGAGGCUGUGCAGCAACUCAGGGAAGCACUGAAGAUCCUGGCUGAGAGGGUACUGAUCCUGGAGCACAUGAUCGGCAUCCAUGAGAACUCUGAGGGAUCUGGAUUUGGCAGCAUUUCCGACCCACUGUCUUUCACUGGCCUGAAGACCAAACGCCGACAACCAGUUCAAACCCUUCCUCAGACUCUGGUGCUAAAAGAGAGACAAAGACGGGUCCCUCUUUAAUAUCAUCAAAGCUUAAAUUGUCAUUUGUUUUUUAUAAUUAUAAGGGAUGUUGCAAAUCUCGCCUAACUGGACCUACUUUUUUUUUUGUUCAUAUAUUUGUUCCUUGUGACUUUGUUUUUCCAAAUGUAUUCGUUUAUCCAUCUUUUUUUGGCAUAAACAAGUACUGUUGUAAAACUGAAACUGUUUGCAAAAGUGAGAUGUUGAGCAUUUCCUCCCUAUAAAAGGAUUUAAUUAAUCUUUCUCACCCUUUUGCCACAUGAACUUAGCAGUGAACAUUGUUGUACAAAGAAAUACCAUCUCAUAGUGUUAUGAGGGAUUUGGCAUCUUUCCUUCAUCCAAUAAAGACUGCCUAGUGGACACAUCAGUUUCCUUAGUUGUCCUGCUCAGAGUUCUUGAAACCUGGACUGAAAAUAUACCAUUUAGUGUUAAACACAUUUUUGGAAUUGCCUUGAGGUACAUUUUGUGCGCCUGUCAAAUAUUUCUUUUAGCUUUUUCCUGUCCCGCCAUGUGCUUGUUCAUGUUAGUGCUGAGGUGAGAUUCUUCCAUGAAAAUCUGCUUAAAAUAAAGUUGGAUGAACUGAGUAGCAUCUGGAGAGAGCACAUCUGGAAAGCAAAAGGAAGAGAUGCUGAACCAGUUGAAUUUUGGCUCAAGAGCUGCAAACCUUGCUCUGGUCUGAUGCACCUGGAAGCUGACAGAGCACAAAACUUGACAGGGUUACAUUGACUUCUUCAUAAACUGCCUCUGAGAUUUUUUUCUUAACUGAUAUGAUUAUUGUGUAAUAAUUCUCUGAGAUACCCAGCUGUUCGUCUUAAAAUAAAAUCUCCCAUCAGGUCUGGUAUAAUCUUUGUUUUCUAUAUUAAAAGCUUCAUAUCUAAAAUACAUUUUGGGAAAUGCAAUGCAACCUACAUAAAGAUCUACAGUAUUCUGUAGUUUAAGCUAAAAAUGAAACAUCUUAAUAAGGUAAAAAGAAAAGAUGUACUGGUGACAUCAGUACUGCACCCAUGUCAUAUAAGUAAGGUCCAAAUUAUGAGCAGAUGGGUGUGAAAAGUAGUUGAUGUCAGACUUUAGACCAAUCAUAGCUGGGCACAUUAGGAACGUCUAGAAGAUAAACUGUAAAGAAAACUACAAAACUCUCAAAAGCAAUCAAAGCUAACAAUAAAAAACCUCUGACAGAGCAAUGAUGUAGAAAAAAGAUAAUGUAUUGUCACCUGACUCGCAGAUGAGUAGAUACGGGUGCAAGGUCAGGUUGUGACAUUAGUUUGCAAAUCGGUUAUUUGAAAGUAGCUUUUUAAGCUGAUUAAGGACCCAAGAUACUUCGUUAAGAUGAGCAAAACAUUGCUUUUUGUUGGGUUUGGUUGAAGUGCACUUCUUAACAACUUCACAUAAAAGGCACUACACUCUUUUCUGCAACAACUAGUUCCUAUCUGGCUUCUAUUUUAAAUAUUGACGGACUCUUAUUGAAGUUCUUGAAACUAUCCUAUCUUUAGUAAAUUACAUUAAAGGGUAACCAGGGUUUCUGACCUAGCCUAUGAACUGGUACUGAUACCAGUCUGCUCAAAUCAGCAAGUCCAGUGAAGAGUGCAACUGGUUGAGCUGUUCCCCCUUGUAUGGAUAACGGAACAAACCAGAUCUUGGGUGUGAAUAGUUUAUGCAGUUAUUUUUAUUAUUAAUGUUAUAAUGGCUUUAAUUUACUAUAGUUUUCAGAAAAAAGCACAAAAAAAAAAAAAAAAAAAAAAAAAAAUCCCAGAUGUCCAAAAUUUUUCUGCCUGUCCCAAAACAGAUGUGGAAUUAUUUUUCUGUUUUUUCUUAUGAGUCAUUAUAUGUUGCAAAGUGGUCUUGAUUCAGGCCUUUCUUACAUUUGUUUUGCUGUCAUGUGCAUUGUUAACCCCUUCUGUACUAAAUCAUCUUCAGGUGUGUUGUGUUUCAUUUGAAACCUUUGUACUCAGCAGAUAUUUAUCUGUAUUGAUUAAUGAACUGACAUUAAA